AUGGCUGGUGUCGUUAACAACCUAAUACUGCUUCUUCUUUUUCAAAACAUCUGUUUGGGUUUCAGAAGCCCUCUUUCAGUCCUCAAGAGAUAUAAAGAUACUACCAGAUCUCUUUCCAGUGAAUGCCUUGGAAACGACCAGACAAUGAUUUCACUUGGUCUGUCAGAUUUUGCAUUGGACAUUCGCAUGCCUGGGGUGACACCUAAGCAGUCUGAUACGUACCUCUGCAUGUCAGUACCCCUGUCAGUGGACGAUGAAGCCUAUGUGGUUGACUUUAAGCCUCAUGCCAGCAUGGACACGGUCCAUCACAUGUUACUCUUUGGAUGUAAUGAACCGUCUUCUAAUGAAAAAUACUGGGACUGUGAUGAAGGAACAUGCAAAGAUAAAUCUAACAUUUUGUAUGCUUGGGCAAGAAAUGCUCCACCCACCAGGCUACCCAAAGGUGUUGGAUUCAGAGUUGGAGGAGAAAUGGGUGGCAGAUAUUUUGUGCUCCAGGUACACUAUGGAGAUAUUAGUGCAUUUAGAGAUAAACACAAGGACUGCUCUGGUGUAACUUUACAUCUGACACAUCAAAAGCAGCCUUUGAUUGCUGGAAUGUAUCUUAUGAUGUCUGUGAACACUGUCAUACCACCAGGCGAGAAAGUGGUUAAUUCAGACAUUGCCUGCCAUUACAAAAGAUUUCCAAUGCACCUUUUUGCCUACAGAGUUCAUACACACAGACUAGGUAAAGUAGUGAGUGGAUACAGAGUGAGAAAUGGUCAGUGGACAUUGAUUGGUAGACAGAGCCCUCAAUUACCACAGGCAUUCUACCCAGUAGAACAUCCGGUAGAUGUUAGCUAUGAUGAUAUCCUAGCAGCUAGAUGUGUGUUCAGUGGGGAAGGCAGAACUACAGAGACACAUAUAGGGUAA